AUGGCUUUCCAUCCUCGCAACGAAGCUGUUCGAGGCUCGAUCAACAGCUCAGAUCUCGAGCGACAACGUGAGAUGGCCCCCGCCGAACCUCCCAGCGACGUCGAAAUGAAGGCACUUGAAGCAUCAGGCCCUUCAGGGCAUUCAGCACAGUUGUCGAAGACGAAAUCGAUCGCCGAACAGCUACCUCUAGCACAGGAAAUUCUGUUCGUUGGCGUUGUUGUCACCGCGCAAUUCACCGCCCAAACCGGCCUGAACCAAAUGAUACCGAUCAUCUUCAUCAUUGGUGACAGCUACGGUGUCACGGAUACUGCUCAGCUUUCAUGGCUCAUCGCAGGCUUUUCCCUGACCGUGGGUUCAUUCAUUCUGAUCGCUGGACGGCUUGGGGAUUUGUAUGGGUACAAGAGAAUGUUCAUCAUCGGCAUGGCUUGGUUCUCACUGUGGUCCAUGAUUGGUGGCCUGGCUGUCUACAGCAACGCGGUCCUCUUCAUCUUCGCUAGGGUCUUUCAGGGCAUGGGACCCGCAUUGACCUUGCCCAAUGGACUGGCGUUGUUGGGAGUGAGUUAUGCGCCAGGUCGGCGUAAGGAUAUGGUCUUCGCAAUCUUUGCGGCGAUGGCACCUGUCGGUUCGGUGGUCAGCGCGGCUUUCGGGGCUCUGUUCGCUCUGGCAUGGUGGCCGUGGGCAUUCUGGGCCACCGCGAUAACAUUGGCUGCAAUCGCAGUAGUGUCUUCCUUUGUGAUCCCAGACCCACCCAAGAAGUACGACGCAGGACGGAUGUCGUUACGGCAAAGACUCAUCGCCCUCGAUCUCGGUGGCGCGGCGGUCGGUAUCACAGGUCUGGUCUUAUUCAACUUUGCAUGGAACCAGGCUCCCAUCGUGGGUUGGAAUGAGGCGUAUGUUAUCGUCUGCCUGAUCCUUGGCAUUAUCUUCCUGGCAGGGUUCUUCGUCAUCGAGACCAAACUCGCACCUGAGCCCCUUAUACCCUUCGAAGCGUUGAACAGCGACGUCGCUUUCGUCCUCGGAUGUACAUCACUGGGGUGGGCAUCUUUCGGCGUUUGGAUCUAUUAUCUCUACAUCUUUCUUCUGCGCAUCCGCGGACUGCCUCCGCUUCUGGUGGCAGCACAGCUUUCUCCGAUUCCGAUCUCGGGCACUUGCGCUGCCAUCAUUACCGGGUACCUCAUGUCCCGACUACGACCUGCCAAGAUCAUGGCUAUUGCAAUGUUCUUCUUCCUGACUGGUAGUCUCUUGACCGGGGCCAUGCCUGUCCAUCAAACAUAUUGGGCGCAGACAUUCGUAUGCAUGCUCGUUAUUGUAUUUGGCAUGGAUAUGAGUUUUCCAGCAGCCACUGUGAUCCUGAGCAACUCUGUCCCGAAGAAUCAUCAGGGUAUUGCUGCCAGUCUGGUAACUACUGUCGUCAACUACAGCAUAUCUCUUGGCCUAGGAUUUGCUGGAACAGUGGAAGCGUACACGAAGACGGGUAGGACACCAGAAGAAGUGCAGUUGAAUGGGUAUAGACAUGCCAUGUACGUGGCUUAUGGUCUCUCUGGGGCGGGCCUUGUGCUGAGCUUGCUGUUCGUGGCUAAGGACCAUUUCAAGAAGCCGUUAUAG